CCAGAGAAGCACUGCUGUGAUUGGUUGUUUUUGCUGCCAGUCAAGAAAUUACGCUUCGUGAUUGGUCAGCACCCGGCCGACAGCACCAGUAUUUCCUGUUUGAUACUGUUAAACUGUUUAUUCACAAAUUUUAAACUGAGUUGGAAAGAAUGGAAGAAGAGAUGGAAAUCUUAAGGGAAUAUUUUAACGAAGGAUAUACAUACGAUGUUAUCCUCGACAUGCUUUCAACCCAUCACGACAUCAACAUGUCCCUUAGAAACCUGAAAGCGCGGUUGAAAGAGUUAGGACUGAGGAGACGGGGUGACUACUCGUCUAUAAGUGAAGUCAGGAGGGCCAUCUUCUCAGAGCUGCGGGGACCUGGACAAAUGUUUGGCUAUCGAACUAUGUGGCUGACAUUAAAGCAGAAACAUGGACUCCAUGUUAAAAGGGAGACGGUAAUGAGAAUGCUUCGUGAACUGAACCCACUCGGAACAUUGUCGCGGACACGCCGUAGGUUUGUCAGACGCACGUACCACUCUAUGGGUCCAAAUUAUGUGUGGCACGUAGAUGGAUAUGACAAAUUGAAACCGUUUGGCAUUGGGAUAUCUGGCUGUAUAGACGGGUUCUCCCGCAAAAUCAUGUGGCUCAAAUGUGGACCAACAAACAAGAACCCAGAAGUGAUAAAAAACUACUUUAUUGACUGUAUCAGAAAUGUUGGCGUUAUUCCCAUGAGACUGCGCACAGACUGUGGAACAGAGAAUGGGUUAAUGGCCUCUGCCCAGUGCACUCUUCGUCACGACCACAGUGAUUACUACGCUGGUGACAAAAGCCACAUGUUUGGGUCUUCUAUGAGCAACCAGCGGAUCGAGUCCUGGUGGUCAAUAUUCAGAAAACAAAGGACUCAGUUCUGGAUGGGUCUAUUUGCUGAUCUAAGAGACCACGGACACUUCAAUGGCACCCAUGAGCACCAGUGCCUUCUAAGGUUCUGUUUCAUGACAGUUCUUCAGGCAGACCUGGUUGAAUGUGUUCACCUUUGGAACAGGCACAGAAUCCGGCCCUCCAGACUUGCCUCUUGUCCGGGUGGAAUUCCUAAUGAGCUGUAUUCACUACCUCACAGGUUUGGGUCACGGGACUGUGGCUUUGCUCUGGAUGAAGCAUCAACCCACAUUUUUCAAGACGGGCAUCAGACAGAAGAUCCAUGUGGUGAUCCGGACAUCAAUGACUAUUUUCAGCAGGCAAUGCAACAAUAUGGACUUCAACAUCCAGAUACCUGGCAAGCAGCAUCCCAGCUGUUGAUUACACUGAAGGGAAUAGCUGGGCUGUGAAUGGGACAGUACCUUCAGUUGGGCAGCCGUGAGCCUUAACAGAGUUGGCACAAGACAUUUGAGGAUUUGGGAAACAGUGAUUUAUUUGCAUUUAAGAAAAUAAACGUUUAUUCUUGUGAAAACGCU